AAUCAACACGCCGCCGCCUGCUUGUCCCCUAAGAGCGGUAGCGACAGCUUGGGCAACACUGCACCGUCACAGGGCCGUCAUUCAUUCCUGCUCGUUCCACCCUCCACGCCAAGUCCCCUCGCCAAAAAUCCUGCUGUGCGCCGUAGGUCUGAGAUGGCGAGCAUUUGGUGGGAAAGAAGGCUGCUAAAAGCUUCAGUGCAUAAACCCUCUCGCCAAGAAUUCGCCAGGAUGGGAUGAUUACUGCGUAGCACAAAUCAACUCGACGAAUGGCUGGUUGUUUUCUCGGAGCACAGCUGAGGCUUCUACUGUUGCCUGACUUCCACUUCUGCUCUUCGUCGUUCUAUUGUUUUUAGUCUUUUUAUUCUAAAAGAGAUAUUGAGGCAGUCAUCGGCCAUAGUGGCAGCUGCUAAAAUUUACAGACUCAAACGCCAAUCGCCUUCUAGAAGGUGUUCGCCGUUUGCGAGACUGUGCCUGGAGUAGCGAAAGAAAGGGUUGUGAGGCAUGGUAGCCUCGAGGAGCGUUUCACGGGCAGCUGCCGUUCCCAUCGUCUUCAGCUGACCGCGUCCCUCUGCGCUACCCCUACUAGUAGCCUUCCGCUUUCCCCCCACCCCCUCCUCCGCCUUUCGUUCGGUCGUAACUUUAGCAUUAGAAUUCGCCAUCCUGAGCUGCGCACCCCUGCGGGCCGCGUGCCUUUAGCGACACAGUAGUCGUGCGAGAAUCGGCGUUUAUGCGACACUCGUUCGUGCGACAGCCCAUCGAGGUCACUUGCGAUCUGAUUCGCGUCGUCUCUCGUCCGACGGGACGCAUCACCAAGACGCGGCAUCUCACUUCCGUCUCACCUCCGCUUUCAAUAAUCAUACUAUUAACGUCGCGUUCGGUCGAGCCGGCCGCACGCUCUCCGCCAGGGGCCACAGCGUCAGCAGCAGCAGCAACAGCAGCGCCGGCGGCGGCGGCAGCAGCAGCACGCGUCGCGCCAUGGACGCGUUCCACUUCCAGCAGCACGCCGCCGCCCUCCAUGGCGCCGCCAUCUACCCUCUUGAAACCCCCGCCCUGCUCCAAUCGCCGCCUUUGCCACUCCCGAAUAAGCCGCCGCAGAUUCAGCAGCAGCAGCAGCACCAGCAGCACCAGCAACACCUGCAUCAACAGCCGCAGCCGCAGCAGCAGCAGCAGCAGCAGCACCACCAGCAGCAUCACCAUUUGCCUGAGCUGUUCGAUCCGCACGUGCAGCAGCAAGGGCAGGGGGGCGAGACGGGGCCGGGAGGAGCACAGGGACCGCAAGAUGUGUCGCCGCAUGCGUCGCAGCAUGUGUCGCAGGAUUUGUGUCUGCGUGCGUGGCAGCAUGUGUCGCAGGAUGUCUCGCAGGAUUUGUCGCAGCGUGCGUGGCAGCAUGCGUCGCAGGAUGUGUCGCAGGAUUUGUCGCAGCGUGCGUGGCAGCAUGUGUCGCAGCACGACCCGCUUGUAGCGCCGCAGCAUCUGCGCAUGGUCGCCGCAGGCGGAGCGCAAGCAGCCCAGAACGGCUGGCCUCUACUACCAGCUCACCAUGACCAUUGUGACAACGCCGCGACCAACGCGCCAGAUCACUGUGACGGACACCCCCACGUCACCGGCGGCGGUGGCGGCGAUGGUAGUAGUCAGCUCGGAGCGCCGAGCCAGCUGCGUGACAUCAUGUCAGCGCCCCCCCCGCCGUCGCACGCGCUCUCUUCCGCGAAUCUGAUGCACCCGCGCGGGGCCGCCGAUUCCGCCGCUCGUCACAUGGAAGCCUCCCCGCGCUACGCGCUCCUGCAGCACCUGCAGCAUUCCCCCUCACAGUAUUCCCCCCUGGAGCAGUCCCCCUUGAAGCACCGGGACACGGAGUGGCCAGACGGGUUCUCAGCUCAGGGAAUGUCGACGCAGGUAUCCCUGCAAGAUCGCCCCUUCAGUUUCCCAAGCCCCUCCAGGCAUUCACUUGCGGACCAGCCGAGCCUGAUGCUCCCACACCACCUAGACCCCUCCCUCCCAACGCACCCAGCAGCCCAACCCAACGGGUACCAGAGCCUGCUCUCCCUCCGCCAUCCGUCUAGGCAGCCACAGGAUGCUAUAAGCCAUGAUGUGCUUCUUUCCCAUGCCAGUGCCGGCGCCACGCAACCAGCAGCAGCAGCGGGGGGAGCAGGGGGAGUAGAGGGAGGAGGGGGAGCAGUGUCAUCGGCAUCAGCGGUAGCGGAAACAGCACCAUCAGCAACAGCUGCAGCUGUAGCGGCCGCGGCAGCCAUAGCUUCAGCUCUUAGCCUCUCCUCUCAUACCAGUCCCUACGGCCAAACUACUACUAGCCAUUACUCAAAUACUACUGACACCGCUUACGCUGGCUCUCCCUAUGCCAUGGCUGACUAUACCAAUCGUGAUAUUAUCAGGAGCUUACAGUCUGGUAAUGGCAUGGGUGAUUAUACCGAAGGUGCAGAGGUUGGGAUAGGAGGGUUCAGGGAGGGGUUUCUUCAUGGUGGCGGUGGCGGUGGCGGCGGUGGUG